AUGUUUCCAUCUCAGAUUUUAAGGUUAUUAGAUACCUACCUAGCCACAUUAUUACUGGGUAUAUGUACAGAGGAUGGGAGUAAGGGUUUAGAGGUUGGUAAGGUUGGUGGUAAGGUUGAUGGAAUGGAGGGAAGGGAUGAUGGAUGGAAGAACGGUAGAUCGCUGGGAGUAGGUAUGAGAUGUUGUAAAGGAAGGGAGAAUAGGGCAAAUGAUUAUGUUGGUUGUGAAUGUUUUUUUAUCGUGAUGAUAGAUAGCAACUAA